AUGGCUCCUGAUAGAACCCAAUUUCAAAACAUGAGCAAGAAGGAGCAUGAAUCCUUUAAAGAGUAUGCCCAGAGGUGGAGGGAUUUGGCAGCACAAGUGACACCCUUCAUGAUGGAGAGAAAAAUGAUAACCAUGACAGUAGACAUAUUGCAAGUGUUCUACUAUGAGAAGAUGGUGGGUUAUAUGCCCUCUAGUUUCGCAGAUUUGGUGUUUGCGGGCGAGAGGAUUGAGGUAGGCUUGAGAAGGGGAAAGUUUGUUUACGCCACUUCCGCAAGCACAAGCAAUAGGAGGUUCGGAGUGGGUAGAGCCAAGAAGAAAGAGGGAGACACCUAUGCUGUAACUUCAGCUCCCAUAUGGCCUAAAUCCCAACAAACCCCUCAUAACCCCACUUACCAAUAUUCCCCGCACCAACCAAAUUAUUCGGCCAACAUCGGAAACCCUCCCAAUCUGGCACCCGUCCAACAGAGAUUGCCCACUCAACCACAAAGGCCUCCCCCACAAAACUCAUUUCCCACACAAUCUCUUCCCACCGAAAUCACCAAUCCCAGUGCAAGCACCAAUCUGAGAAGGAAUUUUCCAGCAAAGAAGCCUGUAAAAUUCACCCCGAUACCAAUGUCAUAUGCUGACCUGCUACCAUCCUUGAUCAACAACCAGAUGGCUGUAGUGAACCCCGGGAAGAUCUACCAGUCUCCCUUCCCUCAAUGGUACAACCCUAAUGCGACCUGCGCCUAUCACGUGGAUGUUUCGGGGUAUUCAAUAGAGCAAUCUGUGGCCUUCAAACACAAGGUACAAAGUUUGAUCGACGUGGGGUGGCUGACAUUUCAAGAGGACAACCCAAAUGUAAAGACCAAUCCUCUCACUGGUCAUGGAGGCUCGGCGGUUAAUGCGGUUGAAGAGUGGGAACCUCGGGGGCCGAAGCGGAUGGAAGACAUGUUAACCUCUAGGAGGUUCAUUUUGGAAGCACUGUGCGAAGCUGGGAUGAUUCGCCUUGACGGGAACAAGGGGGACUCUUGUUUAAUACAUUUGGGGGCAUCACACGACGUAGAGACAUGCCCAAUGGCGGGAGAAUUACUACAAGGGAUGAUGGAUAGAGGCCUAAUUGAAGUUUGUAGCGCAAGAAAAGGGGAAGGGGAUGUGUGCAUGCAGUCGAUUCAUAAGAGCUCGAGUAAGCCCAAGCCAUUGGUGAUCCACUUCACAAGGGAUGUUGCCACACAUAAGCCUCGAGGUUUCCAGUCUGUCCCAGUUAAGAAGCCUACGCCUUCCCCUUACAAAAGUGAUAAGGUGGUGCCAUGA